AUGAUUGACACAUCUGUGGGCGCUUUGCCAUCCCCACCUCUCAAUACUUCACCAAUCAGCCCCGACCUCGAGUCACCAUUGUGCCCAACAACAGGGGAGAGCCUUUCCAGCCUUGAGCAGAUCCCAACCAGAGACACAGAAUGGGAUGAGGAGCGCAGAGGGCGAGACCCAAUUCCAGUCGAGGCUGACGACGUCAAUGCUCUAUCGCUAUCAGUGGACCGCCAAGCCUCCUACCUGGGAGCGUCAUCUAUCAAGGCAGCGCUCAUGGUUAUGCUCAAGGUUCAGCCUCAACUCCGCAACGCGCUCGCAGCUCCUCUCAACAGUGUAGAAGUACCACACCAGUUCCCUGCCAUCAGGCAGAAGACGACAGCUCAGAAAGAUCCUCAGCGUGUUCCCUGGUCGUGGAAGGGCCAGACCUUGAUUGAUGCCUAUUUCAAACGCAUCCAUGUCUUCGUUCCAAUGCUUGAUGAGACCACCUUCCGAGCUGACUACCUCGAGGGUCAACGGUUUGAUGCUCCCUGGCUAGCUCUUCUCAACAUGGUGUUCGCGAUGGGCAGCAUUGUAGCUAUGAAAUCUGACGACUACAACCACAUCAACUACUAUAACCGCGCCAUGGAGUAUCUACCCAUGGAUGCCUUUGGCAGCAGCCACAUUGAGACUGUCCAGGCACUGGCGCUCAUUGGCGGCUACUAUCUACACUACAUCAACCGGCCAAACAUGGCCAAUGCAGUUCUCGGUGCCGCCAUCAGAAUGGCAAGCGCUCUUGGACUCCACAGAGAAAGUUUGGCUCAAGGUGGUAGCGAUCUUAUUGCUGCCGAGACUCGUAGACGAACCUGGUGGAGCUUGUUCUGCCUCGAUACUUGGGCAACUACAACGAUGGGCCGUCCAUCAUUUGGCCGCUGGGGACCCGCUAUCAAUAUUCGGGCGCCAGAAUUCGGCAUCAACGCAGCGCGAGACUCCUCUCAACAUGCUGGCAUCUUGCCUCUUAUUGAAAACAUCAAGUUUUGCAAGAUUGCCACUCAAAUUCAAGACAUGCUCGCAAUCUCGCCUCUUCUCCGUACAGAGGAUCGCUGCAAUCUGGAUGGUCAGUUGCUCAACUGGUACAGCAAUCUACCCUGGCUUCUGCGCACCACAGACCCUUGUGCCGAGCCUCUCUAUAUUGGUCGCUGCAUUAUGAAGUGGCGCUACCAGAAUCUACGCAUGUUGCUGCAUAGGCCAGUGCUUCUAAGCCUUGCCAGCGCUGGUGCCCAACACGCAGCUGAGAUUGAUAUCGCAGCCAUUGAGACUUGCCGUGAACUAGCCAAGCAGACAAUCGAGGACAUUGCGCGCGAAUGGACUCGCAACCAAAUGUCCGGCUGGAACGCAGUCUGGUUCCUCUACCAAGCAGCUAUGGUACCCCUCGUCUCCAUUUUCUGGCAGUGGAACAGCCCCCGCGUGGCGGACUGGCACAAGCAAUUGGAAACGGUUCUCGAGCUUCUUGAGGCGAUGGAGGACUGGUCUCUGGCGGCACGGCGCAGCCGGGAGGUUGUGUGGCGCAUGUAUGAGGCUAGCCGCACAAUGAUGCACCAGCGCUCCGAGAGCCCUAGCUCCCUUCAAGCAGCCCUGAGCCAAGAUCUACUCCUCGGCUCGCCCGAUAUGCACAUGUCCCCCAUUGGACUAGAGCCUGAAGGUCUGCCCAUGAUGGGCAUGCUAGACCAGCAUGGCCUCUGGGACCUGGACGGCAUGUACUGGACAGGGGCGGAGGAAGUUGACUUCGCCCCGUACGCAGUUCAUGAGGGUAUGAUCCACAUGGACUACAGCAUGAUGGCGGCAAAUCACGCGGCAUCUUUGGAUGGAGGCUACGGCUUCGUUCACUAA